AUGAGUAGCAACGAUUCAUUAAAUGAAACAUGUUCCAAUGAUAAUGAUAAGGAAAAUGCUCCGAAUUCGGAUGAUAAUAACUUAAACGAUCAAAAUGAAGACAAAGAUAAUACAAAUAAUGAAAAUUCGGCAGAUAUAAAUAUUAAUAACUCAGAACAAAUUAAUAAUAAUGGUAGAUUUAAUAGUACUGGAAACAGUAAGUGGGGCUAUGACAUACCCCCCCCUCCAGAUUCAAAUCAAUACCCUGGUGAAAAUAAUAAUAAAAUGAUGAACAAUGCAAAGGGUAUAUAUAAUCCAUACCCUCAAAAUAUGAAUGCCCAAAUGAAUAUGUUUCCAAAUGCAGAUGGUGUGACAAAUAAUUUACCAUUAGCAAUGUAUCAAAAUGCCCAUAAUAUGUUAUAUAAUCCUAUGAAUUAUAUGAAUAGUAAAGCUUAUUUAAAACUUAUGAAAUACAAUAAAGUAAUAACAGCAGAUCCUAACAUCCCACCCAAUGAAACAUUAUAUGUAAAAAAUUUAAAUGAUAAAAUAAAAUGUGAGGAUAUGAAAAAAAGUUUAAAAAAUAUUUUUAAUCAAUAUGGACUAAUUGAAGAUAUAAUUGUUAUGAAAUCUUUUUGGAGAAAAGGUCAAGCUUGGAUUGUAUAUGAUACUAUCGAAAGUUCAACUAAAGCUUUAAAUGCAUUACAAGGUUUUGUUUUAUUCGGAAAAAUUAUGCAAAUAAAUUAUUCACAUAAUAAAAGUGAUGUGCAUACAAAAAGAAAUGGCACUUUUGUAGAAAGAUCAAAAGAACCCAAAAAACCUAAGCAAAUUAUUGAAAGAGAAAGAAAACAAAAAGAAAUUUUUGAAAAAAUGCAACAAAAUUAUUUUGAAAUGCAAAUGAAUCAUAUUAAAGCUAUGCAUAAUGAUGCCUUGGACAAAAAUAAAAAUUUUGAUUUAAGUCAAAUGGAUAAAGAAGCAUUAAUAGCUCGAGCUCAGCAAAAAGCAAACGAAGAAAAAAAACGAAAAAAAGGUGAAAAUCCCUUACAAAACAAUACUAAUUACAAUAUUCCUAGUAUUCAUCACCCCCAAUUUUAUGCUAUGAAUGCUUUUGCGCCAAUUCAAGCCAAUCCUGUAAUUCCAUAUAGAAUAUUAUUUGUUGAAAAUGUUGAUGAAAAUGUUAAUACUGAAGCUUUUAAUGAUAUAUUCAAAGCCUUUUCAGGAUUUGUUGAAGCCAGAAUUAUUCCACAGAGAAAUGUUGCAUUUGUUGAUUAUACAGACGAAUCUUCUGCAACAUCCGCAAUGAAAGCCUUGCAAGAUUACGAAUUACAAGGAUCCAAAUUAAAAAUAUCAUACGCAAAACGAUAA